AUGAACACCACGGGUUCCGCGUUUGUGAUUGGAGCGAGCGGUAUCGGAAGGGCGUGCGCGUUGGCAUUUGCACGCCGUGGCGUCAGCGGCCUGGUGGUGGCUGACGUGGAUCUGCAGGCCGCCGAGUCCCUAGCUGCCGAAUGCAGGGCUGAGGCGGGGUCUGCCGGUACUGCGGACGCCCUAGGGUGUGCAGAAGCCACGAGGGUCGACGUUGCAGACGAGCGUUCCGUCGAGUUGGCCGUAUCUUUCGCACGGCGUGUGCUGGGUCGGGUUGACUAUUGCGUCAACAGCGCGGGGAUUGGCGUGAAGCUGGCCAACGAGAUCGCCGAUGCCAGCCCCGUGGAGUUCGAGGCCAUGUUCCAAGUCAACGUCAAAGGCACCUUUCUCGUCACACGGGCCGUGUCGGCGCUCAUGAAGACGCAGGAUCCUGUGCCAGUGUUGCGCGACUCGCCCGGUAGGGGAACCACCCGAGGUUGCAUCGUCAUCUUGGGAUCUGCAGCGGCAUUUGCUGCGACGCCCAAGAUGGUCCAGUACACGACGGCCAAGCAUGCGGUGCUAGGCCUGACCAAGAGCGCCGCUCUUGAUAACGCCGCUCACGGCAUCCGUGUCAACAGCGUCUGCCCGUCUUGGGUCGACACCCCCAUGGUGCGCAGGGCGCUGCAGGACGUGCCCGAGCUGGAGCAGACGAUUCGUACCUCGGUGCCGAUGGGCAGGAUUGCACUGGCCGAGGAGGUGGCCGACGCCGUCAUGUUCCUCUGCAGCCCCGGCGCGAGCUAUGCCACUGGCUGCAACAUGAUUCUGGAUGGCGGCACCACUCUCACCACGCAUCUGGGAUGA